AUGUCCCGUCAAAGCGUAGCUGCCAGGGUGCUGGUUGCUCUGUGCAUCGGGACGGCGGUGCACUGCAUGCCCAAGGGGAACCACAAGAACCGAAGACAGGCGCAGCAGCAUCAUGUCCCCUCGGUGUCUCAAGAUGGCUGCAUAGAGAACGGUCAUUUCUACAACAUUAAUGACCAAUGGGAGCGGCAGUAUUUGGGCAGCACUCUGGUGUGCACUUGCAACGGAGUGGCCGGAAUUAAGUGUGUAAGCAAACCUGAAGCUGAGGAAAGGUGCUAUGAUAAGAUCAACCAGCAAUACUACACUGUGGGAGAAACGUAUGAGAGACCCAAGGAUAGCAUGAUUUGGGAUUGUACGUGUAUAGGAUCUGGCAGGGGAAAAAUCAGCUGCACCAUCGCAAAUCGCUGUCACGAAGAUGGGGCUUCGUAUAAGAUAGGAGACACCUGGAGGCGACCUCAUGAGACAGGAGGCUACAUGCUCGAGUGCGUCUGUCUCGGUAACGGCAAGGGAGAAUGGACCUGUAAGCCUGUCGCUGAGCGUUGCUAUGACAACUCGGCGGGGACAUCCUACGUUGUUGGGGAGACGUGGGAAAAGCCAUACCAAGGGUGGAUGGUUGUGGACUGCACCUGUCUGGGAGAAGGAAGUGGUCGCAUAACAUGUACUUCCAGAAACCGUUGCAAUGACCAGGACACUCUAAGCUCCUACCGAAUUGGCGACACGUGGACAAAGACGGACGCCAGAGGCAACUUGCUCCAAUGUUUGUGCACCGGGAACGGCCGCGGAGAGUGGAAGUGCGAGAGACAUGCCUCACUUCACACUACUGGCCUGGGCACCGGCUCUCGUGUGAUCACUAAUAUCCAGCCGGCCAUCUACCAGCCUGUACCUGUCCCCGAGCUUCCGCAAGAAGGACCCUGUCGCUCUGACUCGGGACUAUCCUAUUUUGUUGGCCAGCGUUGGUUUAAGAGCCAGGGCACAAAGCAGAUGUUGUGUACCUGUUUGGGAAAUGGCAUCAGCUGUGAAGAGUGGGAUGGUCCAGCUCCAGUGUACGGCGGCAACUCAGGAGGUCAGCCAUGUGUAUUCCCUUUUGUCUACAAAGGCAAGACAUAUCACGCUUGUACCUCUGAUGGACGUGCUGAUGGACAGCUUUGGUGUUCCAUCUCAUCUGACUUUGAGACAGAGCAGAAGUAUUCCUUCUGUACAGAAAAGAAUGUAAUGGUGGCAACAAGGGGCGGUAAUUCAAAUGGUGCUCUAUGCCAAUUCCCCUACCUUUACAACGGCCGAAACUACACCGACUGUACCGCAGAUGGACGCAGGGACGGCAUGAAAUGGUGCGGCACAACGACAGACUAUGACAGAGAACAGCGCUUUGGAUUCUGCCCCAUGGCUGCGCACGAAGAAGUGUGCACGGCAAGCGAAGGCGUGAUGUACCGCGUGGGGGACCAGUGGGACAAACGGCAUGAAGUUUUGGGUCACAUGAUGCGAUGUACCUGUGUGGGCAAUGGGCGAGGAGAAUGGAACUGUGUUGCCUAUUCCCAGCUUAAAGACCAGUGUAUUGUAGAUACCCUGACCUACGAAGUGAACCAGACCUUCACCAAGCAACAUGAAGAAGGUUAUGCGAUGAACUGCACCUGCUACGGACAGGGGCGUGGACGCUGGAAGUGCGAUGCUAUUGAUCAGUGCCAGGAGCCAGAAACACGAGCGUUCUACCAAAUUGGAGAGUCGUGGGACAAAGUCAUCCACGGGAUCAUGUACAAGUGCUAUUGCUAUGGCAACGGCAUUGGAGAGCUCAGCUGCGAGCCCCAGCAGUCCUAUCCUGGUGGUCAGCGUCCUGUCCAGGUGAUUAUCACAGAAUCUGGCAAUCAACCCAACUCCCACCCUAUUCAAUGGAACGCCCCACCUUCUGCCCAUAUUACCCAAUACAUCCUCAAAUGGAGAGUGAAAAAUAGUAACCAUGCUUGGAGGGAGGUGAACAUCCCGGGUCAUCUUAAUUCCUACACCAUCUCCGGGCUUAAACCGGGCAUUACCUAUGAAGGUCAGCUGAUUAGCGUGUUACGGUUCGGACGGCAGGAGAUCACACGCUUUGACUUCACCACACAUUAUGGAUCAUUGGCUACAUCACAAGGAGAGACCACCCUACCUCCACCUGUGGUGGACACCUCAGAGUCUGUGACAGAAAUUACUUCCAGCAGCUUUGUCAUCUCUUGGGUCUCAGCUUCCGACACAGUUUCUGGUUUUAGAGUUGAGUAUGAACUCAAUGAGCAAGGACAGAGCACCGGGGAACCUGUAGUUGUAGACUUGCCGCGUACAGCUACAUCAGUAAACAUUAAUGAGCUUUUACCUGGAAGAAAGUACACAGUUAAUGUCUACGAGGUGACAGAUGCUGGAGAGGACAACCUCAUUCUUUCUACUUCACAAACCACAGCUCCUGAUGCCCCCACAGAACAUGAAGUGGAGGAUAUUGGAGAAACUUCGAUCGUAAUUACCUGGGAGAAACCACUGGCUCCCAUCACUGGCUAUCGUGUCGUCUACACCCCAUCUGUUGAAGGUGAAAGCACUGAGCUGACUCUCCCUGACACGGCAACAUCUGUGACACUGAGUGACCUUCGUCCUGGGAAACUGUACAACAUUAGCAUCUACGCAGUGGAGGACAGUUUAGAGAGCGAGCCUGUUUUUGUACAAGUUAACACUGCUGGAGAUCCACUGUCAGAGGAAGUAACCUCCCCAACAGACCUGCAGUUUUACGAGGUGUCAGAUAAGAAAAUAGUUCUGACCUGGUCUGGGCCAGCCGGCGACGUCUCAGGUUACCGGGUCACUGUGGUCCCAGUGGACGAAUCUGGUUCUCCUCAGAGAGAGAUGACUCUUCCCGUCAGCCAAAAUUCAUACGUUGAAGUGACUCACCUCCAGCCUGGAACACAGUAUCGCUUUAAUAUCUACACGAUCCACAAUGGAGAGGAGAGCAUACCGCUUAUUGGAGAGCAUAUCACAAAACCCGAUGCCCCAACAGAUAUCCACUUCUCCAACGUGACAGAGGACAGCGCUGUGAUUCUGUGGUAUGCUCCUCGAGCCAAAAUUACAGGGUACCGGCUCUUUCUCACUGUAGAGGGCUCGAACCCAAAGCAGCUACGACUACCUGCCCGGCUUACUGAGUAUACCCUCCUCAACCUGAAGCCGGAUACAAUGUACACUGCUACACUGCAUUCUGAGCAAGACAAUACACUAAGUGAAGGAGAGACAGCUGUGUUUACCACAAAUCCACCAAUGGGUAAUGCCCCCCAUUUCAGCACUGAUGUUACUGACACCUCUAUUAUUAUCUCUUGGACUCCAGUACCCAAAGUCGGAUACAAGUUGACAGUGCGUCCCAGUCAGGGCGGCGAAGCCCCUCGAGACGUAACCUCGGACUCAGGAAGUAUUUACGUAUCCGGACUGACUCCCGGAGUGGAAUAUACCUACAGUGUGCAACCAGUAGUUAACGGCCAAGAGCAAGGAAGCCCCAUCACACGUCGUGUCGUCACACCUCUUUCACCUCCCACCGAACUCCAUUUGGACUCCGAUUCGGGCACUGGAGAUAUUACUGUCCAGUGGAAUGGAGCGAGUACACCAGACAUCACUGGCUAUAGAGUAACCUGUGCUCCCACCAAUGGGCAGCAAGGAAACAGCGUGGAGGAGUUUGUGCAGGCUGGAGAAAACUCUUGCACCCUUGAGAACCUCAGUCCUGGAGUGGAGUACAACAUCAGUGUUUUUACAGUAAAGCAUGACAUGGAGAGUCCACCAAUAUCAACUACCAUUACUCCAGCGGUCCCACAGUUGACUGACCUCAGCUUCGACGACGUUAGUGACACCACUAUCAGUCUCCGCUGGUCUCCGCUCAAUUCCACAGCCAUCACUGGUUACAGGAUCACAGUGGUUGCGGCGGGCGAAAGCGUACCCUUUUACCAAGACACGGUUAUGCCAACAACCGGACAUUAUACAGUCUACGGGUUGGAACCUGGUAUCGAAUAUGACAUUAGUGUGAUCACUGUAACAGAAAAUGGGGAAAGCGAACCCACCGUGGUCACACAACAGACUUCUGUACCGGCCCCUACUGAUCUGGGCUUUGGCCAAGUUGGCCCAGAUUUUAUUGAAGUCACAUGGGUCUCACCACAUGUCCCCAACAUGGCUGACAUCAACAACUUCCUCAUUAGGUACCAUCCCAUUGACUUUGACGAUGAACUGACUGAAACCAGUGUCGAUGGCACAAUGAACAAUGUUGUGCUGAAGAAUUUGCUGCCAAACACUGAGUAUCUGAUCAGCGUGGUGUGCGUUUAUGAGCAGAGGGAGAGCUCGCCACUUGUCGGGACCCAUAAAACCACCCUGGAUUCACCAGUUGCUCUGAGUUUCUCUGAGAUUUUCACCACCUCCUUCACCAUUCACUGGCUGGCUCCCCAAAGCAAAAUCACGGGCUAUCGCAUCCGUUACCAGAUGGCAAGCGGUGGAAGAACCAAAGAUGAGAGGCUACCCCCAUCCAGGAAUCACUUCACUUUGACAGGACUGGCUCCAGAUACUGAUUACCUGGUUAACAUUUACGCAGUUAGUGGGACACAGGAGAGCUUGCCGCUUAGUGGCAAUCAGAAGACAAUCUCUGAUGCUCCAACAGACCUGGAGGUUCUAGAAUCCACCCCCACCAGCAUCACUAUCCGAUGGGAUGCCCCUCCUGUCACUGUGCGCUACUACAGGAUCACUCAUGGCGAGACAGGAGGCCACAGCAAUCCCAAAGAAUUCACCGUUCCUGGCUCUCAGUCCACUGUCACAAUCCCGAACCUGCAGCCCGGUACUGACUACACUAUCACCGUCUAUGCCGUAACUGGCAGAGGAGACAGCCCUGCUUCUAGCAUUCCCAUCUAUGUCACACAUAAGACAGGAGUUGACUCUCCUUCUGACAUGAAGGUGAUGGACGUUAACGACAACAGCGUCACCGUGAGAUGGAGCCCUGCACAGGGUCCAAUCAAGGGGUACAGAGUGACCGGAGUCCCCAGAAAUGGACAGGGUUCCUCUUUCACUGAAGUCGUGGCUCCAGACCAAACAGAAAUGACUUUCUCCGGCUUGAUGCCGACAGUAGAGUACACUUUUAGUGUUUACGCUCUCGGACAAGAUGGAGAGAGUUUACCUCUGGUGGUGAGCGCUCUGACAAAUGUAGACCGUCCCAAGGACCUGAACUUCUCGGAUGUUGACUCCACCUCUCUACGGAUCACAUGGGAGAGUCCCGACGGAAUUGUCACGGCUUAUCGUGUCUUAUAUUCCAGCUCUGAGGAGGGCGAAAGAGAGCUACGCCCAUCCCCUCAAGGAGAUGCCGAGUCGGCCGUUAUUUAUGGCUUGCAGCCAGGAACUGAAUAUACCGUGAAAGUCAUCGCCCUGCAUGAUGACACGGCCAGCACAGCACUGGUUGGAACUCAAACUACAGGGCUGUCACCCCCCACCAACCUGCAGUUCUCUCAGGUCGGACCUACAUCCUUCACGAUGCACUGGGCCGUGCCGGGUCAAGAAAACAGGCUAACCGGCCAGACACGCCUCACGGGCUACCGUGUUGUUGUAAACCCGAAAAAUAAGAGCGGACCCACCAAGGAGAUUAAUUUAGCUCCAGACACAACAAAGGCACACAUCAAUGGACUUAUGGUUUCAACUACUUAUGACGUUCAUGUUCAUGCCUUGAAGAACUCCUUGACCAGUAGGCCAGUCCAAGGAGAGGUUACCACACUGGAGAACAUCAGCCCCCCUCGCCGCGUGCGCAUCUCUGACGUUAACGACACUUCCAUUAGUCUAACCUGGCGCUCCAAGACGGAUGUAGUCUCGGGCUUCCUGCUUGAGGCCACUCCCACUUCUUCUACUAGCUUCACACCUAUUCAGAGGAGCAUUAGCGGCAACUCGCGCUCAUAUACCCUCACAGGGCUGGAACCUGGUACCACUUAUAAAAUCAACCUCUACACACUAAAAGGAAAUGGCCGAAGUGCUCCGCUAACACUCACCGCUUCAACAGCCAAGCCAGUUCUCAGCCCUCCUACCAAUCUGCAGUUUAAUUUACUAAACCCUACCAGCAUAUCCUUUUCAUGGGAGCGAUCCCGCAGUCCAGGGGUUACCGGCUAUUACGUAACCUAUGAGCAAGUCGGCGGGUUGCCUCAAGAAGUUGUCCCCAGGCCCCAUUCGAGCCAGACUUAUGCCAUAAUCAAUGGUCUGAAACCAGCAACAGAAUAUGUCAUCAAGAUUGUUGCCCUGCAAAAUACUUUGAGAAGCAUACCUCUCUCAGGCAAAGCCAGAACCAAGCCAGCUUUUACUCAUUCCCUACUGGUCCCCGAGCUGCCUCAGCUUCCAGUUUCUCACCGACCCACCACUGACAUCUUGGAUGUUCCCGAGUCCUUCAAUGACAAGAUCUUCGAUUCCAACCAUGUCCUGUUGACUGGUACGAGUGGUCAGAGCAGGCCAGGGCAACAGGGGCAGCACAUCUACACAGAGUACCAGAAUCUUGCUCCUAAUAACGGACUUCAUGGCUCCCACGGUGGACCUAAAGAAGGCCAGAGACCCAUUCUUAGAGAGCCUCUCGUUUACAUUCCCGUGCCAGGUCCUGAUGGUAACAGAGUACCCUUGGUCAAGGUGAGUGAAACACCUCUGCCUGGCCUUGCGUUUGGUUUCCCUGACAACGAGACUGAGUUGCCCCAAGAGGCUCAGACCAUCACCACCAUCUCUUGGCAACCCAUUCCGCAGACCUCGGAAUAUGAAGUGUCAUGCAAUCCCAUUACGCACAUGGAGGAAAGAGGUUUUCAGAUGCGUCUUCCUGGCACUUCUAACAGUGCCACUCUAAUUGGAUUGACAUCUGGAGCAUCCUAUAACGUGGUUGUGGAGGCCAUGAGGGGUGGGGCUAAAGAGAAGGUUUUGGAGGAAGUUGUUACGGUUGGCAAUGCAGUUCCAGGCGACAUCCCCAUUUCCACCAACCGUGAUGUGUGCUACGACACGUUCACGCACACGUACCACGAGGUGGGCUCGGAAUGGGAGCGCAUGUCUGAGACGGGCUUCAAGCUAUGGUGCCGCUGUUUGGGUCUGGGCAGUGGCCAUUUUAGGUGUGAUUCAUCCAAGUGGUGCCACGACAACGGCAACAACUACCGCAUCGGUGAGAAGUGGGAUCGCCAAGCUGAGAAUGGUCACAUGAUGAGCUGCACCUGCCUGGGCAAUGGCAAAGGAGAAUUUAAAUGCGAACCUCAUGAUUCCACAUGUUACGAUGAUGGGAAAAUGUACCAUGUUGGAAACCAGUGGCAGAAAGAGUACCUGGGAGCCAUUUGCACCUGCACCUGUUAUGGCGGACAGCAAGGCUGGCGCUGCGAGGACUGCAAAAGGCCUGGAGGGCAGACACACGUGGACGCAGACCUGCUUCAGCCGGCCCACUCUGACGUCUUCGACCGCUACAGAGAAAACGCUCGACGCAAACUGAACAUACAAUGUCCAAUUGAGUGUUUGAGUCCCGAGCUGCUUGCAGAUGCCCAAAGUCCGUCCAAGUAG